AUGCCAUCCCUAAACCCAUCCCUAUCCCUACCUCGCUAUGGAAGCCCCUGUCCAUUACUGCUUAUGUGUGUGAACUGCUUCACGAAAGCACUUGGGCAUGUGUUUAAAACUUUAAUUGCCGACAAUUACAAUGAUUUCAGGAGUUGGCCGGUGGAUUUUCGCUGGGAUGAAGUUGGCACCCAAAGCAAUGGGUACUCGGCACUGAAUGACGCUGGGACUGCUGCGGGUGUAUUGUUGAUGCAGGCGACUCCGCAAGGCAGCCGCAGUGGCUCCCAGACCCAUUUUCUGAACCAGAUCCGGGACUUGUCCCGCCAGCUGGUCAGUUAUGCACUGGCGCAUUCCUUAGGCCGCUGGCUCGUCUAUCCUGGGUCCAUGUUCAUCACGACCAAGGCGCUGCUGCCGAUGUUGCUCGAGGGCCAGGCUCUCCUCCUGGACAAGUAUAAAGGACAGCGGGCUAAGCUGAAGGCUUGUGACGGCAAUGAAAUUGACACCAUGUUCAUGGACCGGCGUAAGCGGCCGGGCCGCCAGAACCGCGGCCUGCGUCUAGUAAUCUGCUGCGAGGGCAAUGCAGGGUUCUAUGAGAUGGGCUGUCUUGCGGCGCCACUGGAGGCUGGCUACUCGGUCCUGGGCUGGAACCAUCCAGGUUUCGCCGGGAGCAGCGGCGAUCCCUCGCCGCAGAACGACGCCAAUGCCAUGGAUGUGGUAGUCAAAUACGCUCUGCACCGAUUGAACUUUCUACCUGAGUGUGUUGUGAUCUACGGUUGGUCCAUUGGUACUUUCACAGCUACGUGGGCCACCAUGACUUACCCACGUCUCGGCGCGCUGGUGCUAGACGCUCCCUUUGACGACCUCAUGCCGUUGGCCCUGAAGGUGCUACCCACCUUCUGCAAGGGAUUGGUAGAACAUACGGUGCGGGAGCAUUUCAACCUCAACGUGGCAGAGCAAUUGUGCUGUUAUGCAGGCCCGGUGCUGCUCAUCCGCCGCACGCUGGACGAAGUGGUCAACACGGAGGCUCUCUCCUCGGAGAACAGUGAAGAUCAGGCACCCCGCUCUAUCGACUUGGAGGGCAACCGAGGCAACUACCUGCUAUUAAAGCUGUUAAAAUACCGAUACCCCAGAGUGAUGACGGUUGAGACCAUGGCGGCUGUAAAACACUGGCUGCAGGCAGCUAACCCGGAGCAAGAGGCUGCUGUGUGCCAGAAAUAUUGUGUGGAUGGCAAAUGGUGCUUGACUGUAUUGCAGAACUAUAAGACUAAGAUCAUUAAGUCCAGAAAGAAAUUAAGGUGGAAGGACCAAAACACUUCCCCAAACCCUAACGGCCCAGACUUCCCCUGGAGUGUGGGUGAAGACCUGUCCCCUGUCCAACAGAAGAGACUUGCGAUAUUCCUGGCUCAGAAAUACAUGAAGAACGUUGAGGCCACUCACUGCUGCCCACUGGGUGCUGAGGACUUCCAGUUGCCGUGGACGUUGUAG